AUGAAUACCCAAGUGAAUGAAAACGACCCUCUAAAAUCAGAAAUCAAGAAGCAGGAUGACCCAGAUGUGCCCUACCUACAAUUAUAUAGGUUUGCUUCGAAAUAUGAGUAUGGUCUAAUGUUACUCAGUAUGAUCGGAGCACUUGGAAAUGGAUUAUCUAUGCCAAUCUAUUCGAUUAUUUUCGGUGACCUCACUGAUUCCUAUGCUUACGAUGAUGACAAUAUCAAAAUAAGGAAGGCGGGAUUCAACACAUUGUAAAUAUUUAUUGAUGACUUUAGAUAUAUGGCAAUCUUGGGAAUUAGUACUUUAUUAGUGACUUUGCUGAUGUAUGCGACAUUCUCCAUCAGUACUGAGAAUCAAACCAAAAAAUUGAGGAGACGCUACCUCGAGUGUCUUUUAAAAAAGUAGGUUAUGUGGUAUGAUUAAGUGAAUACAAAUGCUUUAAACCAAAAAAUUAACAAUGAAAUAUCUUCAAUAUCAGAUGCAAUAGGAGAGAAGACAAUGACAUUUACAUUUUCGUUUUGUGCCUUUAUAAGCGGUUUCAUAGUGGGAUAUAUAAAGUAGAAAUUGUAUUUAAAUUUAGGGGUUGGAAAUUAGCCUUAGUAAUCACUUCAGCUCUACCACUGCUGGCUGUUACAAUAGCAUUUAUUGGAUUUUCAGCAUCUUGGAGGGAGUAAUUCACAAUUAAGUCAGACAUUGAGUCUUCAGCUGUAGUCGAAGAAUCACUGAGUUAGAUCAAAACCGUGAAGAUGCUUGAUGGAGAGGAAUUUGAAUUCCAAAGGUUUAAGAAAAUCAUACAGCACUCAUCCAAAUCAAUUAUUAAAUACGGAUUAUUUUAUGGAUUAUCAUUUGGAUCCAUGUAGGGAUUUCAACAAUGGACUUAUGCAUUGGGAAUAUUUUACAGUGGCCAAUUAGUUUCAAAUUAAGUAUUAAAUGAAAAUUACAAAAGGUCGACCCCGAUUAUACAGGUCCAGUAUAUACAUCUGGUAGUAUUUGCACUGUGUUUUUUGCCAUUCUGAUGGGAAGCUUUUCCUUAGGAUAGAUCGGUCCUUGUCUAUAGAGUUUUGCCAAGGGGAAAUUGGCUGCAAAAGAAGUCUUUAAAAUACUAGAUGAGAAACAAAUUGUAGAAGAAAAUAAUGAUUUCCUAAAAUGUGAUGAUUUCAGUGGUGACAUUUUCUUUAAGGACAUCUCCUUCUCUUAUCCUACAAAACGAGAAAUUUAAGUGUUAAAGAAUGUCUCCUUCACAAUUCCUUAAAGUAAGAAGGUUGCAUUCGUGGGAUAGAGUGGGUCUGGAAAAUCUACAAUAGCUUAAUUAUUGCUUAAGUUUUACGAAGUUGAUAGUGGAGUAAUUUUAGUAGGCAAAAAUGGAGUACCCUUGAAUUGCAUUGGAAAGGAGUAGUUUAGAAAGAAAAUUGCUAUUGUUUCUUAAGAACCUGCUCUAUUUAAUACCACAAUCAGAGAAAAUUUGAAAUUGGGGAAUCAGAGUAGCAGUGAUGAAGAAUUAAAAGAAAUGUUAGUGUCUAUGAAUGCAUCAGAAUUAAUUGAUCAUUUAGAUACUAAUGUGGGAAUAAACGGGAAUUAGUUUAGUGGUGGUUAAAAAUAGAGAAUAGCAUUGGCUAGAGCAUUGUUAUAAAAACCAGAUAUUUUAAUUUUGGAUGAAGCUACCAGUGCUCUUGAUAGAACAAACGAAUAAUAAAUAACUAAAAUAAUAGAUGAACGAUACUCAAAUAUAACUAGAAUUGUUAUUGCACAUCGUUUAACUACUAUUUAAGAUAGUGAUGUCAUUUUUGUGUUUUAGCAAGGGUCGAUUAUAGGACAAGGUUCACAUACUGAAUUACUGCAAAAUUGUGAAUAAUAUGCUUAUUUAAUCUCAAAACAGCAGACAAAGGAGGAAGCUAUUAUGCUACCUACGUAAAUCAGCAUAGAAGUUGAAUUAAGUAGAAAGAGAACAGAUAGAUCGCCUAAAAAGACAUAGAUUUAUGAUGUGAAUCAAUCUGAAAAAUCAAGAAUUAGAUUGAUUGAUACAGAAAAUGAAAUAGCUAAGAUGUCAAUUCCUAGAGAAGAAGCUCAAUCAAAAUAAGAUACAGUUGAAGUAAGCAAUGAAAAAUCUUUUAUGCACUCUUUGAAGGGUCUCAUAUUCCUUAACUACAAGGAAAUUCAUUAUUUAAUCAUUGGUUGCUUAACAGCAUUUGUAAAUGGAUCUAUAUAUCCAUUGUUCUCUCAAGUGAUUGCCGAGGUCAUUGAAGCACUAUUAGUUAACAAUCCUCGAUUCAAUAUUGAAAAUAGCACGCCAGAAUAGAUUCAAAAUAAAGUUGAUAAUUUGAAAGAAUCCAUUCUCAAAUGUGAAACCAAUCUAUUUAUUUUAGGAUUUGUUUAUUUUAUUUCCUCAACCGUAGAAUGCUUUUGUUUCAGUGUCUACUCUGAAAGAUUGACUAUAAGAAUGAGAUUAGAAAUGUUUAAUAAAUACUUGCAUCUUCCUGUAUCAUUUUUCGACAAUCCCAACAACAAUGUAGGAUUCUUAACUACUAGAGUCACUACAGAUGCAAGAACAGUCUAAUAACUCUUUUAAAAUAUCAUUGGAUUUAAAUGUCAAUAUUAUUCUGCCAUUUUCGUUGGGUUUACUUUGGCAUUUAUUUCAUCUUGGAAACUUACCCUAUUAGCAAUUGGAAUAGCUCCUCUUUCCUAUUUAGGAAGUGUACUAAGUUCAAAAUAUGUAGUUGGAUCAUAACAAUCAUUUUGCGAAUAGGUUUAUGUUACAAGUAAUAGGAUCCUAAUGGAAACUCUAACUAAUAUUAGAACUGUUUAUUCAUUGAGAGCUGAAAAUGUGUUGGUUGAACAAUAUACCAAACUCUUGGAAGAGCCAAGCUAAUAAGCAAAAAGACUUGGUGCUUGGAUCGGAGUCAGCUCAGGAUAUGCAUAAUUGAAACCCUUUUUUGUUAAUGGAUACCUCUUCCUUAUGGGAACUCUACUCUUGUAUUAUGACGGGUUAGCUGUGCUUGGAAUCUAUUAGACUAUUUUAGCAAUUAUCUUUGCUGUUGUCGGAGGUGCCAAGGAUAUUUAUUUCCAGUCUGAUAACGCGAAGGCUAAAAUGGCUAUCAACUAUUAUUUCAAUCUAUUAGAAGUUGAAGAUGAAUUUCAAAGAGAAAGUCGACUAAAAUCAUAAAGACUGAAAGUACCCAUUUUGGGCAAUAUGGAAUUCAAGGAUGUUACUUUUAGUUAUCCCUAAAGACUAAACAUUUAAGUACUUAGGAACUUAAAUCUCAGAAUCGAUGCAUGCACAACUGUUGGUUUUGUAGGCUCUUCAGGAUGUGGCAAAUCGACUUUGUUUUAGCUGCUAUUGAGAUUUUAUGAUGUUGAUUCUGGAGAUAUAUUAUUAGAUGGCUAGUCUAUUUAUAAUUUUGAUUUAAAAUAUUUAAGGUAACAUUUUGCAAUUGUCCAAUAAGAGCCACAAUUAUUUAAUGAAACAAUCUACUACAAUAUUUAAUAUAAUCUUAAAGGCAUUACUUAAGAAGAUAUUGAGAAUGCAGCCAAACUAUCCCAUGCUUAUGACUUCAUUAUGCAAGAAGAUUUUGGAGGAUUUAAAAAGAAGGUAGGCAGCAAAGGUAGUUUGAUUUCAGGUGGCUAAAAGCAAAGAAUAGCCAUUUCAAGAGCUGUUCUCAGAAAUUCAAGUGUGUUUUUGUUUGAUGAGGCUACCAGCGCUUUAGAUUCAAAUGUUGAAUCUAUAGUUUAGAAACAACUUGAAGAGUACUUGAUUGGUAAAACAUCCAUUGUUAUAGCCCACAGAAUAUCAACUAUUAAGGUACGUUUUUAAUUAUAUUGUAGAAUUGCAAAGUCAUUUAUGUUUUUGAUAAAGGUUAGGUUAUUGAAUAAGGAGAUUACAAUUUUCUAGUAAGUUAAAAGGGUCAUUUCUACCAUCUCGAAUAAGGUCUCCUUAAUUAGAACCAAGAAAAUGAAAUGAGUUUCCAAUAAGUAGAUGUUGAUGCAUGA